UAGAGAGCAAGGAAGGAAGCCUCUUUGGCUACCCACCACUGCUUCUCUAUAUUCACUCUCCUCAACACGUAUUCUCUCUCUCUCUCUCUCUCUCUCUCUAUCAUUCAUAUAAUAAGUACACCACUCUGGUCUUUGGCAGCCCUCAAAGCUACUACUGACUGGUUCGGAGCCAAGCCAUGGCCUCUCAACUCAGUAAACUCACCACUCUCUUGGUUGUGCUAAUUGCAUCAGGGGUAAGGUGGGCUGAGUGUACUAAUUUCACCAUAGUAAACAACUGCAAAGAGACUAUAUGGCCGGGAGUAGCGGCCAAUGACAACUACACCGGUGACGGUUUUGCCCUGAAACCGGGCGAGUCGGGCACCUUCACUGCCUCCCGCGGUUGGGGUGGCCGGAUAUGGGGCCGAACCGGCUGCAAUUUCGACAAGAACAACACCGGGACAUGCCAAACAGGCAGCUGCGGCAGCUCCCUGAAGUGUUCCGGCCCCGGCCAACCCCCCUUCUCCAUUGCUGAAUUCAACCUUGGAGAAACAGACUACUAUGAUGUGAGCCUAGUUGAUGGUUUCAAUCUACCACUCAUUGUCGCACCAGUUAAGGGCAAAGGGAACUGCAGCGUUGCCGGAUGCGACAGUGACCUGAGAGCCAACUGCCCGUCGGAGCUCGCCUUUAAGUCCGAUGGGAAGACCGUCGCCUGCCGGAGUGCGUGCAACGUGUUCGACACCGACGAAUACUGUUGCAGAGGAAAAUACGCCGACCCGGAUUCGUGCCGGCCUACAAACUAUUCAAGGGCUUUCAAACAAGCUUGCCCUGCUGCAUAUAGCUUUGCCCAUGACGAUCCUACUAGCCUUGUAACCUGCUCUUACACAGAUUAUAUUCUGACAUUUUGCUCCUCUAGGAAUCAAACGCUUGCUAGGAAUCAAACGGCCUGCACCUAUCAUGAUAAGCAGUUUGUGUGCAAUGGAUCAGAAAGCUUCAAGGCAUUCCACGGCAGCUGGUGGAUCGUCGUGCUCGGAUUAUUACCUAUGCUCACAAGUUUAGGAGUAAAAUUUUGA